AUGGGGAAUACUCCGACUCACUAUAAAAGACGCUUUUCUGGAGACGUUUGUGGUAGACUCCCCAACUCCACACCACCUGGUGUCAGUGUUACUAUCCCUCCACCGAAAAAACGAAAUACUCAUAGUUUGACAGAUUUAUCACGGUCUGCUCCAGCCGAUUAUCCUAAUGAUGAAACGUCAUUGAAUGACGACAAUGUUAGUCUUGAUGAUAAAGAUACAGUCUCUAUUGAUGAAGCUACAUCAAUGAUGCGAGCUGCCAGUCUACGUGAACCUAUUAAUAUAAUCAAUGCUCACGAUAAUCUUGAUGAUAAUAAUCGGUCAUAUAAUGUGCUACCAUCUGACAACAUGAUAACGUCAACAACUUCUAGUGGUGAUGAAAAAAUACCCAAUUUUCUUCAAGAAAGACCAUCUAGUGCAGGUCCAUUAUGUUCAACAGAUGAACGAAUAAUGUAUAAGCAUAGUCAACCACAAGUUAUUUUAAACAAUGUUUCCAGGGAUCGUGCAAGAACUUUGCCAACCAGAAAGUUAGUUGGUUUAAAACUUCCUACUGUUUUUCGAUGGAAUGGUGGUGGUAAAGAUAUAUAUAUUAGUGGAACUUUUAAUAAUUGGGAGAAAAGAAUUCCUAUGGUUAAAAGAAACUCAGGGGUUUAUGUAAUUGUUGAUUGUAAACCUGGUACUCAUCAAUAUAAGUACUUCAUUGAUGGAGCAUGGUAUCAUGAUCCAACCAAACCAACUGUAGACAAUGAAUAUGGUACGAAAAAUAAUGUUGUCGAUGUCAGAUCAUCAGAUUUUGAUGUUCUACACGCAUUAGAACAUGAUCAAGCCAGUAGUCGAAGACGUUCGAAUAGUUCAGAAUCUAGUGAAAUAGACAGUUUGGGUGGUUACUCACCUCCCGGAGAAUAUGGUCGUUUUAUACCCACAGAUAUAAGUGAGCUACGUGACAUAUCAACACCAGUAUAUAGUCGACACAUGUCAAUCACACCGGGUGUUAGGUCGCAACCUCAACCUCCCCUACUACCACCUCAUUUGUUACAGGGGAUUUUAAAUAUGGAUACAAGCGCUCACUGUGAUCCUAAUCUACUGCCACAACCGAACCAUGUGAUUGUCAACCACCUAUAUGCCCUCUCAAUAAAGGACGGUGUAGUCGUACUCAGUGUAAUCACACGCUUCAGGCAAAAAUUUGUGUCAACUCUUUUCUACAAACCAAUUGAAGGAUGA